AUGGGCGAGGUGCCCUUGGACUGUUUUCAGCACUUGCUUCGAAGCGACUUCACCGUGUACCUAGUGACCUUUAAAACCGCUGUGUCAAGUGGCCGAGAUAGCGCCGCGCCGCGCCGCGCCGCGCCGUGCCGCCUCGCCGCGUUACGAAGUCCAGGCAGUUCGCGGCGGAUCGCCGUGUGGUGUGAAGUGUUGUUGUUGUUGUUUGUGAUUGUUGUGGACCUCCAGUUCGCAAUCGGUGUGGCCGACGUCGCGAGAAGUGAAGUGGGGUUCGACGUGCUGCUUGCUUCCAAGAUAUGUUUGAAAUAUUCUAAAAAAUUAUUAUCAGUAUCACUUACUUUACUUUACAAAUUCUAA